GAGCCCGACCUCGCGAAGGAGUACGACGCGGAGGACGCCAGCAGCGACGAAGGGUGUUCGAAGGCCCGGUGGCCAUCGAUCCAGACGCGUGUGGCGAAGUUCUCCACGUGCAUCAUCGCGUCGGUCUGCCUCGCGGCGCUGGCGGCGCUCCUCAAACUCUCGUCGCUAGGAAUACAGGAGCCGCCGUCGUACCCGCCGGGCUUUAACUACACCGAGGUGAUACUCGGCUACGACCAGCCCGCCCUGAGCGCCGCCUGGGCAGAGCUCCAGGAGAGUCUGGCGCAGGCGCUGAUGGACUGGUUCGGGAAAGAGGGCCCGGUGUACCACGACGACGGGCCCGAACCCGGGACUUGGAUGAGCCUUGUUGUCAGCCCGUUUGAGAACAAGACGUUCAGAGUACUGAUUGCCAGCUACGUUGAGGAUGAUAGUGAGGAGGCAGCGGAGCGCCUCCAGACUAACUUGGCGAAGCUGCAGGAGACGCGCUCCGAUGACAUCUUCGAGGUUGCCAUGUUUCUGUACGACGGCUCAGAUAAGCACUUCAGAGAAAGGCCGUGGUACGCCGACCCAAACGGCGUGGUGGUGCUGCGGCGGAUGGAGAAGCUGUGCAAGGCUGAGGCGUUGUACCUCAUUACCCCAGACCUGGCAUCCAACUAUAGUCACAUAUGGCUUCUUGAUGGAUGGGGGGCGGCCUGA